AUGAAAUUGUCUAUUCUUGUAGUUUACAUAAUUCUGUCGAUUCUGUCGACAAGCGAAUUAAUAUACGCAUGGGUAUAUCCGACCUCACCUGAAACUGAUUCUGUUUGUACUCCUGGUUCAAAUAUUACAGUACUAUGGAAGGAUGAUGGUAAAUCUCCAAAUAUCGCGACAAAAUCUAUAAAAGUAUAUUUCAUGUCAGGCUCCGAUCAACAACAAAUAUACCUUGCAACAAUUGGGGAAGACAUUCCAGCUAGUCAAUGUUCUAUCAACUAUCCUUGUCCUCAAGUUGACCCUGUUGGCAAAUGGUAUUUUUUCAGAUUUUCUGAUGGUAAUACUACCAAUGAUGCCUAUACAACACGGUUUACAAUUACCGAUUUAAAUGGUAAAUAUCCUCCAGCUCCAUCUCCUGCACCGGCGCCUGGAAAAAAUCCUGGUCAAAAUGGCAAAAUAGUAUCCAAUUCAACCAACUCUGCAACAGAUCCUUCAACUAAUGGUACAUCAACUUCCACACCAACUUCGACACAACCUUCUUCCAACGAUAACACGUCAAAUUCUUCCAAUAAAAACGUACCAGCGGUAGUUACUGGACAAUCUGCACCAUCAAAAACUGUACCAUCAAGCGCUAAACUUACCAAACAAUCAGGUUCUGCUGAUUCUGAUAAAGCAUCAGCAACAGGAUCAGCACCAAGUAAUAUAGCUAGCAAUGUAUCUAGCAGUGCAUCUUUCUUAGAGUACACCAAAAAAUUAAUGUUUAGUGUAAUAGUAGGAUUGACAUUGAGUUUUUUGAUGCUUCAUAUUUAA